GUUGUGUUGUGUUGUGUUACUUUGAGAUGAACUCUGUUAAUGCGUGCAUCUCAUCUAUUACGCUAAUAAUGUGUUCUUAAUGCUUUUCAAAACGCAGCGAAACCGACAUUUAUUUUACAGAACUGAUUGUGUCGGGGCGUGUACCUUUGCUUUGUUGUAAUUUGAGAUGGCAGCUACUGAAAGGCUAUUUAAGUUCAGCGCUUGAGUUCAUAUAGAAGAGAGACAGAGGAGAACGAGGUAGAUAAGGAAAUUCCCCUAAGUGGCAAAUUUCCGGGAAUACCGUGAACGCCUCAUAAGACAGCAGCGUCUCUAGCAGCAGCUGAGAAAAGCGAAAGUUUUGACGGGGGAGGAAAGUCACACUUUGCGGAAAGCGAACGAAGAAAAAACGGAGUAAACCACGAUUCUGGGCGUUUCUCUUACUAUUUUUUCUUUUUUCAUUUCCGUCGUUAGCUCCAAAUCGCAGGAUGAUUAUGCUGCGUUUCCUGUUUUUAUAAAUCUGACAUUAGUCGACCUUUAAAUGCUCGGGACGCAGUGACAGCUCUGACACCAACACAGACUGCGAACCGACAGACAUGGAGGACGGGAAGAGCCGCCUGCAGCAGACGCAGGACGAGGUGGAGCAGGUGAAGGACAUCAUGCUGGACAACAUGAAAAAAGCCGACGAGCGAUCCGGCAAACUGAACGACCUGGAGCAGCAGGCCGAGGAUCUGCUGGAGAAGGGUAAAGUUUUUGAAAAAAAAGCCGCCAAGGUCAAGCAGCAGAAAAAAACGUCCAACAAGAAGAUGAAAAUCAUCUUCAUCAGCAUCGGUGUGGUGGCAGGACUUGUAAUCUUGGGACUUAUAAUCUUUGCCAUUGCAGGAUAGAAUAAAAAGCAAAAGCUUCCUGGCAGAUGAAAGAGGAAAAUAAAUGAGCUGAAGGACAGUUGAACCUGGACAGCAAAGAUCCUGGAGACGACAAGCUUUAUGUGUGAGACUCUGCUGCGAGAUGUGAUGUUAUUAUGCUAAAAAAAAUAUUUAUGGAAAUAUUUUUCCCAGUCUUCCCUCUAUCACAUGUUCUAUUGGUAUGGUACAACUUAUUGCUCUUUUAUAUUUCCAUUUCAAAUAAAACUCUUCUUGACCUAUAAAUAAAGGAAAAGGCAGUUUCCAUUUGGAUUAAAACCUUUUGAUGUCUUCUCCCCAAAAUCUCACUUUCCUAACGAUCUGUUAAGGUUGCACCACCUACUCAUCUGCAGACAUCAUCCUACACCACCUGUUGCUGAAAUCAUUUUAAGAAGGAAGCCAGAAAAAAGAAUAUGCCAUAAUUUGUGAAUAUUUAGUUAUUUUAUUUUAUUUCUUCUUUGGUUUAAUUGUGUUAUAUUUUCAAUCGUAAAAAUGAUAGCAAAGUUUUUACAAUUGCGCCUCAUUUGCAUCAAAGAAAGAAAUCGUGUUGCAAAAUACAUCGACUUAAAAACGUGGGUAAACAGCAGCCCCUGGUGGUUAAUAUAUUUACUGCAAGGGGCCGAUGCAUGGAAUUUUUGCACAGCUAUAAUUGGCUGUUUUAAAGUCAUGACCAUGACUUUUUUGCGUCAUGCAAACAUUAUAUUAAUCUUUGUACGCAAUGUUAGCCUGUUUAUGCAAUGUUUUACAUCAAAAUGUAAUAAAAUGCAUCAAAAUGCAAUAAAAAGUUAAAAUCUGGGGGUAAGAGAUUUCAAUCAAGUAGAAAAUUACAAGUUGUGCCAGAGAGACGGUGCUGCAGAGUUUAAAUGACUGUCUUGGAGAUGAAAUAUUUUUAUAAUGUUGUGCGUGUGAAGAUAAGAUAUGUUUUUAUUCAUACAUGCAAUUUAUAGCCUUCAUUUGUCAUGGAGUUAACAGCAAACAAUGGAUGUAGUUUUUUUUUUUUGUUUGUUUUUUGUUGAAACAAUGUCAUGGUUGACAGGGGUAGCCAUGUUUUCCAAGUUUAAUCUAUUAAAGUUCUGUUUCCUAAA